GACUGCAGCCCAGGAAUUCGAGGGCCUCGCCCCACUUCCUUUCCGGAGCCGUGACCUCAGGCUCGCCUCCUGCCCUCACCUCUGGCAAGCUGCAGAUGCCCUUUAGGGCCAGGCCGUGCCCCGGAUGUGAGGGGACUGAGUCACUGGGUUCGGCAGUGCCCCUCGGAGCCCAGGUCUAGGCUGCCGCCCACCUGAGGAUGAGGGGUGGGCCAGCGGCCGCGCUCCAGUUGCUGAGGCCUCUUGGGAACCCCAUUUCUGAGCCCCGCCCAUGGCCCCGCCCCUCCCAAGGAGCGAAAAGGCGCUGCCGGCCGCUCAACUCAGGCACUGGGACCUAGAGCUCCGAGGACCGAGAGGACAGACUGCCGCGCUGCCACCAUCGGCUGGGCCAUGGACCCCCACGAGAUGGUCGUCAAGAACCCGUAUACCCACAUCAGCAUCCCCCGGGCUCACCUGCGGCCCGACCUGGGGCAGCAGUUAGAGGAGGCUCCCACCUGUUCCUCAUCCUCGGAGAUGCAGCCACUGCCAGUAGGGCCCUGUGCCCCGGAGCCAACCCAUCUCUUGCAGCCGACGCAGGUCCCAGGGCCCAAGGGCGCCAAGGGUACCCAGGGGGCUGUGCCCAUCCAGAACCAGCAGACCUGGCAACAGCCUGGCAACCCGUACGGCAGCAGUCGGCGCCCGGCCGGACUGACCUACGCUGGCCGUCCGCCUGUGGGGCGGGGGGACGACAUCGCCCACCACUGCUGCUGCUGCCCCUGCUGCCGCUGCUGCCACUGCCCCCCCUUCUGCCGCUGCCACAGCUGCUGCUGCUGCGUCGUCUCCUAGCCCUGCCCGUCCUGCCAGGGCCAGGAC